GGCGCCGCUCCUACCUUCUCAGGUUAGUCCGUUGCGCGAACGCUGAAACGGUAACGUCUGAAUCUGUGUAGUUGGCGGUUAAAAGUUUUGUAGUUUCGACCAAAAUGAGGGAAAUCGUUCACCUGCAGGCUGGCCAGUGUGGAAACCAGAUCGGAGCCAAGUUUUGGGAGGUGAUAAGUGACGAACAUGGCAUCGACCCAUCUGGGACAUACCAUGGGGACAGCGACCUGCAGCUGGAAAGAAUCAACGUGUAUUACAACGAAGCAACAGGUGGCAAGUAUGUCCCUCGUGCUGUGUUGGUGGACCUGGAGCCAGGAACAAUGGACUCUGUGAGGUCUGGUCCCUUUGGUCAAGUCUUUAGACCAGACAACUUUGUCUUCGGACAAAGCGGAGCUGGCAACAACUGGGCUAAAGGCCACUAUACUGAGGGAGCUGAACUGGUAGACUCAGUACUGGAUGUGGUGAGAAAGGAGGCAGAGAGCUGUGACUGCCUCCAGGGUUUCCAGCUUACACACUCCCUGGGUGGAGGCACUGGCUCUGGCAUGGGCACGCUGCUCAUCAGCAAGAUCCGAGAGGAGUAUCCAGACCGCAUCAUGAACACAUUUAGUGUGGUACCCUCACCUAAGGUGUCAGACACAGUGGUGGAGCCAUACAAUGCCACCCUGUCUGUCCACCAGCUGGUUGAGAACACAGACGAAACCUACUGCAUCGAUAAUGAGGCCCUGUAUGACAUCUGUUUCCGCACACUGAAACUUACCACACCUACUUAUGGUGAUCUUAACCACCUUGUCUCAGCCACCAUGAGUGGUGUGACCACCUGCCUGCGCUUCCCUGGCCAGCUAAAUGCUGACUUGAGGAAACUGGCUGUCAACAUGGUGCCUUUCCCCAGGCUGCACUUUUUCAUGCCUGGCUUUGCUCCCCUCACCAGCCGAGGCAGUCAACAGUACAGGGCACUUACAGUUCCUGAGCUCACCCAACAGAUGUUUGAUGCAAAGAACAUGAUGGCAGCCUGUGACCCACGCCACGGCCGCUACCUGACUGUUGCGGCAAUCUUUCGUGGCCGCAUGUCCAUGAAGGAGGUGGACGAGCAGAUGCUGAAUGUGCAGAACAAGAACAGCAGCUACUUUGUGGAGUGGAUCCCCAACAAUGUCAAGACAGCUGUCUGCGAUAUCCCUCCCCGUGGACUCAAGAUGGCUGCUACCUUCAUUGGCAACAGCACAGCCAUUCAAGAACUGUUCAAGCGCAUCUCAGAGCAGUUCACCGCCAUGUUCCGGCGAAAGGCUUUUCUCCACUGGUACACUGGUGAAGGCAUGGAUGAGAUGGAGUUCACAGAGGCUGAGAGCAACAUGAACGACCUGGUGUCUGAGUAUCAACAGUACCAGGAUGCCACUGCUGAAGAAGAGGGAGAGUUUGAAGAGGAGGGUGAAGAGGACAUGGCCUAGACAUCUACCAUGACCUCCUUCUUACUAUAAGAUACUUGUCUGUGUUCUGUUUUAAUUCUUUCCUACUGGCACUACUUUUUUGUGUUUUUAAAGGUUUUUCUUUUCUGGGAUGUGGAUGUGUGUUGUGGAAAUAAAAAAAAAAAAUCAA